AGAGCAGCACUUCCGCCAUUUCCUGUUGUGUGGACUCGGAGUUGGACAGAGCAUUCCUCUGGUCCAGAAUGUGAAUUAAAACCCACAGUGGGAAUGUGUUUUCAUGACUUUACUUUCCACUUCAGAGGUGUAUUUGUUGUAACAGAGCCUGAAACCAUGGACCUCGGAGGAGACCGGGAUCGGCUGUUGCACCUGAUGUCAUGAGGCGUUUGUUGAUAUUCCCUUGACAACCGCGGAUCAGAUACCAGUAUACAGGGGCCAUCAUGCCUAUCACGCUGCUGUGGGCCGUGGAUGUUUACGGCAGGGUGUACAGCCUUUCAACCGCCGGUCAGCGUUGGGAGCGUGCAGACGAUAGGCUGCUUGAGCUGAAGCGGGUAACUGCAGGGAAAGGCCGCUGUUGGGGCAUAGGCUGCGACCACCAUGUUUACCUCAACAUGAUGCCUAGUGAGACCCCCAUCCGCUACAGAGAAGAGACCUAUGAGAACCAGAGGUGGAACCCAGUGGACGGCUUCACCGAUACGCUGUUACCCACUGACCGCUGGCCAUGGAGUGACGUGACAGGGAUGAAUCCUCAGCCACUCCACAGCUUCCAGCUCCCCUCCCACAGCUGGGAGUGGGAAGGGGACUGGUAUGUGGAUCAGAGCUGCGGAGGAGAACCCAGCCAGACCGGGGGCUGGGAGUAUGCAGUCGACUUUCCAGCCAAUUUUUCUCCAGAUAAGAAGUGGAACUCUUGUGUUCGUCGCAGGCGCUGGAUCCGCUACAGGAGAUACAUUGCACAAGGGACCUGGGCCAAGAUCCCCUUGGACAGUCCCAGGAAACCCCCACUACCACUCUGUGACAUCAGCUGUGGAGGCUGGGAGAUGAGCGACCACUCUGGAAGAUACCCCUACCUCUGGGGCGUGUCUCAGCAAGGACAGGUGUGGUUCAGGGAAGGCAUCCAUCCUCGGGUCCCAGAGGGCUCCGGCUGGGAGGAGGUCGAGGUUCCCAAGGAGGUGGCUCAGUUAUCAGCUGGUCCUGGAGACCUGCUUUGGGGUUUACUCUGGGACGGGAACCUGCUGGUCCGCACCGGCCUGAGCCUGGACAGCCCAACAGGUACAUCAUGGAUAGAGGUGGAAUCACCAGGAAAGGAGGUAGAAGCGCUCCACGUGGCUGUCGGAGCCAGUGUGGUCUGGGUAGUGACCAAAGACUACAAGGUGUGGUUCAGGCGUGGUGUGAACUCCCAUAACCCUUGUGGCUCUGGCUGGAUCAGUGUUGGAGGGGAAAUGAUGAUGGUGGACGUUGGACUCAAUGACCAGGUUUGGGCGGUUGGUGAGGACCGAGGCCUGUAUUUCAGAAUGGGUGUGACUGCAUCUGAACCAAGCGGGAACGGAUGGAUCCCUGUUUCUGCUCAGUGGGGGGAUAAUAAAGAGAUCAUUCCACCCAGGGAUGACUGUGAGUUCAGUGGCCAGCUAACAGAGGCCUCCCAAGGCUCUGUUCUGAGCUGCACCGAUUCUGAGUCUGAGGUGGGCCCCGCUGAACCGCAGAGCAGCAGGAAUGAUACACCGGUCCUAGAGGCAGCAGACCCCUCAGUCGUUCCAUUAGGAGGGGCAGACACACCGACUCUUCCAUUAGAAACAGAGGACACACACGUAACGGCCCAGCAGAAUACUCCCAAACCCUUCAUCCCCGCCAGCGACAGCUUCAUCAACAGCCUGGUCUCGGAUCGGGAUAAGCCUUCCACUCCACAGCCGUCCAUCACAGAGCUUCCACAGGAGGAGGGCAGGGACCCGUCACCGGCCCCCAUACUCCCAUCUCCUGAGGCUGUGGGGCAGGACCACCCCUGGAGUAAUGUAGACCUAGAAGCUCAAAGUGCACAGAUGUCAGGCCCCACGCUGGGGGGCAGCAGUGCCGGGGCCACCUACGAUCUGGGUCUGGAGUCCUCUCAGGCUGUUGGGGAAGCAGAUGGACCCGUGUGGGCCUGGAUCUCGGGUGGAGGAUGUGAUGUGGACUCGGAGUCACACGUCAGCUGGCUUAGUCCAACAGGUCCUCUCACCAGCUCCCUGUCACUGACCCCUGUUCAGUCGGCAGCGUGGAGCGAACAACAGCAGCCGCAAGAGAACAGAGAGGAGACCAGCAAGAGACCGCUGGAGAGGAGCAAUUCUGUGUGGGUGCGUAAAGGUUCUCUGCGCUGGUGGAGAGACUGGAAGCCUCAGCGCUGGGUGGAUGUGGGUGUUGCCCUGGAGCAGUCCACCAAGGCUGACGGCAAGAAGGACAGCAUUUUCUUUGUCUACUACUCACAAUACGAUGAGAAAAAGUAUCUUCAUGUGUUCAUAAAUGAAGUCACAGUGCUGGUUCCAGUGCUCAGGGACUGCCACUAUGCCUUUGCUGUGUACACUGGCCAAAGGACCAGGCAGAGGUGGCCUCUGGUUCUUGCAGCACAAACUGAAAAGGACAUGAAUGACUGGUUGUGUCUCUUGUCUGAAUGCUGCUGUGAGUGUCGAGGGAUCACAGGUCCCCCAUCCAGACAAGCACUGUGGUCCACCACCACAAAAGGAGACAUUAUGGUCCAUGAGCCUUCCUUCACCCUUGAGGCACCUUCAAACACAGUGGCCUGUGACCACAUGUUCUGGCGGCAGGUCCCAGGCCACCUGCGCUGUGUAGAGUCAAACAGUCUGGGGCUGGUGUGGGGCAUCGGGUGGGACGGCACCGCCUGGGUCUACAGUGGGCACUGUGGGCAACAGCCCACCCCGGGAGAUGCAGUUCAGAUGCACCAGCAGGCUGAUGUCAGGAGUGUGCAUGUCUAUGAGAAUCAAAGAUGGAAUCCCAUGACUGGAUAUACAGACAAAGGGCUUCCCACAGACCGUCCCAUGUGGAGUGAUGAGAGUGGGUUAAAGGAAUGCACCAAAGGCAACACACACCCACCCUCCCCUCAGUGGUCCUGGGUGUCAGAGUGGGCUGUCGACUACAACGUCCCUGGAGGAACGGACAAAGAGGGCUGGCAGUAUGCUGCAGACUUCCCAACGACAUUUCAUGGACACAAAACCAUGAAAGACUUUGUGAGGCGUAAACGAUGGACAAGGAAAUGUAAGAUCACACUGAGGGGGCCAUGGCAGCAGGUCCCACCCAUUCCUCUGAGUGACAUCUCCCUGAUGCCCUGCCUGGCACAGAGCAGGAUGGACCAGGUCCCUCUGUGGGCCAUCAGCGACAAGGGGGACGUCCUGUGUCGGCUCGGAGUCAGCCCUCAGAACCCGGCGGGAAGUUCUUGGCUCCAUGUAGGUACAGACCAGCCUUUUAAGUCUGUCUCCAUCGGCGGAGCCAAUCAGGUGUGGGCCAUCGCAAAAGACGGAUCCGUGUUCUACAGAGGAUCAGUGUCCCCUCAAAACCCUGCAGGAGAAUGUUGGUACCACAUCCCUUCACCCCAGAGACAGACCCUCAAACAGCUGUCUGUGGGUCGGACCUCUGUGUUUGCUGUUGAUGAGAACAGUAACCUGUGGUACAGGCAGGGCCUCACUCCCAGCUACCCUCAGGGCUCUGCAUGGGAGCUCAUCUCUAACAACGUCACAAAGGUGUCUGUGGGACCACUGGACCAGGUGUGGACUAUCGCAGAUGGAGUUCCAGGUUUUCCCACUGAGACUCCUGGAGCCGUCUGCCACAGGCUGGGUGUGGGGCCCAUGCAACCCAAGGGCCAGUACUGGGACUAUGGUAUAGGGGGGGGGUGGGAACACGUCACUGUGAGGGGGAAUUCAGCAGAGGCUCCCCGCACCCCCCAUCCUCCUCUGGCCGGCCCCCCACGCAGCCCACUUCCCCCACGGCCUCCGACACAAGCCAACGGGACCGCCGUGGGCGUGUAGCGUCCUCCCGUCCUCAGCUCUGUCUGUGCCUGGAUCCACUUCUGUCUCCUCGGACCAUCCCCUGACAACCUUAUCCCUUCAGUGUAAAGGGAAUGCACAAUCAUACCACUGAGUUCGUACAGUGUAUUUUGGUUAGAUUUGACACUUGAUCGAUGGAUGAAUGUUACUCCCUGGCGUGUUUCCCGGGCAGAUAUCAUGCCAGUGUGCAGUGAUGACUACACAGAAAAGGGAGCACAAGAGUAGGGAGUGUCCGGUGGGAUGAAAAAGUACAAGGUGGGUGCAUGUGUUAGCUGUUACUAGGCCUUGGCUACUGGGUAUCUCGGGAUCUAGCAAUAUGUUUUAUUAUUUAUUUAAUAUUCUGUGAAAACUGAAAAAAA